AUGAAUUCUAUAUGCAAAGCACUUUCACCAUCAGAAUUCUCACGAAUUUUUCACUGUGAAACUGCUAAGGAUGCUUGGGAGAUUCUAGAAACCAUAUAUGAAGCAACUAAAUUGGUUAAAUCUGCAAAACUUCUAAAGUUAGUUUCUCAAUUUAAAGGAAUUAGAAUGUUGGAAGAAGAGACAUUUAAUGAGUUUUAUACCAAGAUAAGUGAUCUUCGUAACUCUAUGAUUAAUCUUGGAAGGAAAAUUUCUGAUACUAAACUCAUUAAGCAAAUCUUAAGAUCUCUUCCUGAAAGAUUUAGGAUAAAAGUUACCAUUAUUGAGGAACGCAAAGACCUUGACACAAUGAAAAUUGAAGAGCUAGUUGGCUCACCUCAAAUGUAUGAAUUUUCUUUCCCUCCCCUUAGGAAAACUAAGUCCAUUGCUCUCAAGGCUACUAAAGAAAAAUUCAAUAACUCCUCUGAUGAGGAGUCGAAUGAUGAUGAUGGAUUUAUUAUGUUUCCCAAAAAUUUUAGGAGGAUGAUAAGCUCUAGUAAAGGAAAAUUUAGGAGCAAGAACGCUAAAUAUUCUGAAAAUCUUAAAGGUGAUUUCAAAGGAACUGGUCAAGAAAAGUUUGAAUCUAACCAAAAUUAUCCUCGUGGUCCUAGAUGUUAUGAGUGCUCAGGGUAUGGUCAUAUUUGUGGUGAUUGUGGUAAUCUAAAACAAUCCAAAGGUAAAGCUCUUAAUGCUACUUUAAGUGAUGAAUCUAACUAUGAUAAAAUUGAUGAGACUUCUAGAAAUGACUCAAACUACUUAGCUUUUGCUACUUCAUAUGAUAGUCAUCAUGAGUCCAAUAAUUACUAUUUUGAAAAUAGUGAGUCAAAAGAUGAACAAAAUGAUCUUCAAAGCACCUAUAAUAAGUUGUUUGUGAAAUAUUCUGAGUUGAGAGAUCUAAACAAACGCCAUAUGAAAAGGCUUAACGAAUUUGAAAUUGAGAAAAUCAAAUUGAUUGAAAAAGUUAAGUCUCUAGAAGAUGAAUUGAGUGAAUCACAGAGUCAUUUGAAAAAUUUCUCUAAUGAUAUGCUUGUUCAAAUGCUAAAUGAUCAAAAGUGUUCCUCUGAUAAAUCUGGCAAAAUGAUCAAAAGUGUUCCUCUGACAAAUCUGGCUUAG